AUGAAGUGGACCAAGCUACUUCCAACUGCAAGUAGACGUUUCUUUUGGGUCUCUGUCUCUCUCUCCUUAGUAUCCCUUCCCCCCUUAUGGCUCUAUCUUUACGAUGGCAACACCACUUACCUUUCAUACUACCUAUCAUCUCCCUUUCGAAUAUUCUCCUCGACAUCCUCCUCUACAUAUACGGUCCCAACUCAUAUACAAGAACACGCAUUGACAUUCGAAUCUCUGAAAUUGGCUCAUCUCAAAUCUUCUGCGUAUUCUCCAACUUGGUACCCUGUUCAUUUAGGCUAUGCGGCUCCUCUAGAAACUCUCAACCCUCAGAUCGAAGGAUACGUUGAUAGAUUACGACAAUUAGUGGAUAAAUGGUUUGAUGGAAUUCCUUCUCGUCUUUAUCUCCAUGACUCUCUAAAUCGUCUAGCUUUACAUCUACCUCCUCGAGAUCAUGAAGAGAAACUAUUGAAGAGAGUGGUUAGUACUGAUAAGAAUGGGUUGGAAGGUACACCACAGGUAUUUAGAGGAUGGGAGGAAUUAGGUUGGGAUGUUUUCGUUGCUGAUGAUAAUGGAAUGGAAGAUAUGUUUGAUUGGUUGAUACAGGGAAAUGGACGAGGUAGUAAGAAGUUUUGGAAUGUGUGGGAUAGUCUACCGAAAAAGAUUAUGAAGUCAGAUGUUUUAAGAUAUCUAGUACUCCUUCAAGAAGGUGGAAUCUAUACCGACGCAGAUACAGCCCCACGAGCUCAUCCCUAUCACUGGGGACACGGCGCAGAGAACCGACUUCCCCCACAAAUCGCUUCUUACCUCUCUUUCACCAAUCUAUCCUUUCCUCUACACGGUCAAAGUAUUUCCGACCCAGGAGUAUCUGUCGUCAUUGGUGGAGAGUACAAUGCUUGGGUGGAAAAUAAAAUGGGAGACUGGCGGGGAGGAGAGCAUGAUAUCAUACGAAGUUUUCAAUUGUGUCAAUGGACCAUGAUGGCAAAACCAUUCCACCCAAUUUUCAUAGAUGUGGUGGUCUCCAUCAUGGAGAUGAUCGAGCAAGCAAAAGAGGAGGGUAAAUUGGAUGGAUCAAAAAUCUCGGAAAUCACCGGUCCAGGUCCCUUUACCGAUGCCGUAUUCCGGUACCUUCUGUCAGCCUACGGAAUCACCCCUCCGAAUUUAUACGAACCUCAGACUCCUUCGUUAAUAGGAGAUAUCAUCAUUCUUCCCGCGUACGCCUUAGGUUUCCCUCCGGAACAAUAUGACGCCAAUCAAUUCGAUGCAAAAGAAACUUGGAAUAGACCAGUGAUGCAUUCUUACAGGGGUGUGUGGAAGUUUGGCGGAUAUACAAACAAAUAUAUUGAAAUGCCAAGACAUUCCCACCGUUCCCACCGUUCCAACACUUCGAAUUCCUCACCUUCUUCAUCCACCAAUCCCUCUGUCAGAGGAUCAGAUUUCAUUCGUCCUUCUUUAUCUCAAGCUCCAAGUAUUCAACGAGCAGAAGCACAAGACGAAGCCACAAAAUCAGCUCUUCUUCGACUCGUUCCUUAUCCUGACAGUGUCACAGUUCAUACAGAUAGAUAUAACUCUUUCUUCAUUUCAAACCUCCCCGUUUCCGUGUUAUCCAAAUUAAGACAACAAACCACUUUCCCAUGUCAACUUGAAGAUCUUUCUGGACAAGGUACAAAUGCAAAGAAAAAUCCUUGGACACAUUGGAGUUACCCCCUCCAACUGACUUAG